GUAGCAAGAAACAGGUUGGAAAUGUUCAUCACUUGCUGAAAUCCACCACGCCACCAAUUAUAGCGAAUCCGGUAUUCGAACUAUGACAAGCGAUCCUGACAGCAAAGAUCGAAACUGCACAGCGAACUGGAACUCCUUCAGACUUUGGCCCACCCGUACCCCAACUGUUGGAGGACAACUGACGAGCUUACAAUGUGCAUGAAACUAGCAGGUGUUGUUUACCUGUCAGUAUUUAUAUUCGGGGGAAAUUUCAGGGAAUUCAAUCCGGGAAGUAGUAUAUAGAUUGUAAGGUCUAAAGAUAGCUGAUAAUGUGACACCAUGAACCAGGAAGGAAUCUGCAAGAUAUAGACAUUCACAUUUAAAAGCGCAGUUCAUAUAUGCAGGUGAUUUCUCAACGGUGAAGAGACUUUAUAACGUGCAGUUCGUUCAGUGGUGCUUCAUAUUAACAAAUAUCGAUGAAACUCGUUGGUUCUGAUUGGAGGGUACCUAGUGAAGCCGUCUUUAAUUAACACAAGUCCGGAGUGUGGAAUCAGAGCUUCCCAUGACUAGACCCCCAAGUGGAAGGCCGCUCUGUGUGUUUCGGCUCGAAACUUCCGGUGCGCAAUGUUGACUGUGGUUACUGCGACAGCUAGCAGGUGGAUCCAGGCCGAUGCUUUGGUCUGAUGAGGCCAAUAGCGUACCAUGCUACCGUUUGGCGUUAUUGGCAUUUAAUGGUGAACUCCUUUUGGUCAAUAACUUGAUGCUUCAUCGACCUGGACUAUCCGUACAAUUCUUUAAGCUUAAAACACGUCAGGUGUCUCAGGAACUAGUUUAAUUUUUAAGUCACUUACAAAAGAGACGUCACCAUUUUGACAAGGCACCGGAAGACAUAUAUCGGACCAUCACUGGAACUUUGACUUGACCUUGCACGGGGCCUUGCGCGUGUCCCAAGCUGAAGCGUUUUAAAAGCAUGGCUGAGGGCACCGUAUAUCAGCAAAAUGACCAGUUGUGUAAGGAGAUCAAGGACAAAUUUCACGAACAGCUCAAGACAAACACACAGUACCUGUCCCAACUGAAGGAACGACACAUAAUGAGAUAUGGGGCGGCGGUUCCAGUUAAAGCUACCCUCUCCAAGAUUUCUAAGAUGCCAAAAAUGGUUGAAGAUAUCGUCAAAGAACUCCACCAGACAAAUAAAGAAAUUUCCGACCUUAUGGGGAAACUUCCUGUUGAAGAGACAGCAUCUGUGGAACUCAGAGAUUCAGCAUAUUCAGGCAGUAGCGGUAUACCUAGCUGGCAGGGCAGUCCAGAUGAAGGCUUGAUUGAGGCUGUGCAAGAGGAGGCCAAUGGAGAUGCUGGGUACGUGCCGAUGCGACCUGAGAGUGUAUGCUUUGUGGAACGGCAAGGAGCAGCCUCCCAAACCCCACGACGGGAUAGGGGCACACGACAGGCCGUGGAAGACCCAGAUGUCGCGGAGGAAAAACCCUCUACCUAGACCGGCGUCUCACUGUCAGAUCGGUUAGAUACCAACAAUAGUGCACGUGAAUGCUUGUUUGAAUUACAGCUGUGUAUAUUCUCAAACCGCAGGGAUGUUACAUCAUUCUGCAUGACGUGAGGAAUGACGUGACAUGAUAUGUCUGUCAGUGCGGUUCAGCUAUGUUUUAUCACCAUACAGGUGUGUUAUAUAAAGUUUUAUAUCCCAGAUGCUAAAUUCAUCAUGAUUUUCAGUGCUAAUUUGCCUUACAUGGAUUUUGUUUCGAUGGAUAAUCGAGACUGGUUAUUCUCUGGCGUUGUCGUUAUAAAUUACAAUACAUCAUAACUUCGUCCAUUUAGUUCAAGUAUAGAUUUUAUUAGUUAAUCAUCAAGCCAUGCAACAAAAUCACCGUUUUCAAUAUUGUUUUCACUGACUGUUGCUUCUGACAGUGGGUGCACACUAAUCUGACACUGUGUGAGUGAGAGAAUGAGAAUUAUUUUACGCCGCUCGUAUUGCCAAAGACAACAUACCGGACGUUUUGCAGAUGUCUACGUGUCAAAGUCAGACCUUGAAGGUGAUAGGCAAAUGUGACAUGACGUAAUUAUAGAAUAACCCACAGGGUAUGAAUGCUUAUGGAAAAAAUGUCACGAGUCAAAUUAAUUCUUAAAGUUCCGAGUUUUAGCAAAAGAGCCCUCCCCCUCUUCACUGUCUCCGACUCUCUGCCUCAGCACAGGAUUUCCCUCUCUCAUAAAUUUUCUAGCAAAACUAGAAUCUGCUUAACUGAACAACUUUCCUCGUCUCCAUUUCCUCGUGGAUACUGAUCAUAAUCAUGUUUAUAUGUGAAUCAUACUCUGGAUAUGAUGCACAUUUAUGUAAAUUAUCAAUACUCACAAUAGUUAAGGAAGAGCAUAUUUAAAAUGUGAGCGUCGUUCAAUACCGGAAAAGGCCGAAUACACCCGAGAGUACCAACUGCAGCCAAGUGAACAUCAAAACAGAGACCAUGUACCGGUAUAUGACCUCUGAUAAAACAAUGUGCAAUCAAGGUGAUGUGUUCGACUAAUUAUUGUAAUUGUAUUAUUGUUGUCGUGUGGUAUGAACGAGAUUUGGAAGAGAUAGCAUGUGACAUGUGAUAACCCAACUGUUACAAACGGUUUAACCUCGGUUUGCCGGCACCCUGAAUGUUAUGAUAAGCGAUUAAAUGUGCCGGCAAUUUAGAUGUUUAUCUAAAGGAUAGGAAAGAGGACCGCAAUGUGGGUAGCGGUAUUGAGAGGGAAAAUCAGGGCUCAAGUCACCAACAGAAUAUGCUGAUUCUGUGGCAAGAUUUAUUGGUUUGUGAGUUAAAAUGUAUGUGAAGUGUAAAUAAUUAAUUUAAUUUCUGACUUUAAGUUUAUAUAUUUUGUAUGUAUGAACACAUGUAUGAUUUACAAUGUAUGCUGUAUGUACAUGAGAAAUAAAAUAACGAAAGUCAUGUUGUCCCCCCCCUCAGUAUAAAGUCUCCCCCCUGAUUAUUCGGUUUGUUGCAAUGUCUUUUAGUAAAGACAAACCGAGCAAACGAGGUGUCCCCGUUACAAACACCCAUUGUAAUUAUGCCACAGAGUGGUAUAUGUUUAAUGGGGAAAGUCUUUGUAGAGGAAAGUCUAAAGCGACACAGGCCGCAGAUGUUUACAUGUAUGGUGAAGCACCGACAUGUUCCUGACAGAUAAAAAAUAAAUUUAAACAAAUCGGGGCAAAUUUGGGGUUCGCACGUAAAAACCUUACUAACACGUGGUCAUUAGGGCGCGAUGUAAUGUGGUGCCUAGCCUGUCUCACAGUCCCUUAAGCAUAUUAUUUUUCCGUCCGCCCAUCCCAUUCUGUAAUGCAAAAGCCCUAAAUGAAACAAGUAUAGAUAUUCCUCAUGUUCUGAAUUACCCAUCUCACUGGGGCUCCUUUUCAAUUUGAAGUGAAUUAUUUGUUUCUAUGAGACUGAGUGUUAGUCUAUCCCCUACCUAAUGAACACAGUUACCCCUGCCUUAAUGCGAUGGAUAGCGAAAAAGAUUCGCGCAAUUAUAUCAAUAAAAAUAUACGGUUGAUUUAAGGCACAUUUAAGUGUUAUGAUUUAAAUAUAACUGUUAUAUUUCGAAAUUGUGAAUUCUGUAAAAUCUUAUUUUAUGCCCGAAAACGUUACUAGAUAUUUAGUGUGAGCAGUAUUAAAUAUAGCCAUGUUGAUCUUCAUACCAAUGUGUCUCAGUAUGUUUAAUAAACAGUCCAUAUGGGCAUUAUUGUGAUUC